GGUAUUUUGUCUUUCAGUCAUGUGAUUUCUGAUGAUGCUGCGUCUGGCACAACCUUCGAAAUCGUUAAUUCGAGUUUUGGUCACGAAAGAGUCGACUAUGGAACAGAAGAAACCCUUUGUCCCUCAUAGUCAUCUCCCGUACGGCGAGGUUGGUUCUGGGUAUUUUUCAACUCGUAGCAUUGCUAAUCGUCAAGUGGUUAAGACAGCGACCCCUUUGGUUCUGAGAGAACUUGAUGCUAUGGCCCUAGAAAAACAGUCUGUGGURACCCUAGUGGAUUAUGGRACGGCUGAUGGUGGAAUUUCGAUGGAUCUUAUCUACGCAUGCGUCAAAGCAAUACGAGAAAAAUAUGGUGCUGAACUGCCGAUCAAUGUGAUCUACGAGGAUCAACCCGUCAAUGAUUUCACGUCUGUGUUCUUGAGAACACAAGGUUUAGUUCCUGGUCCUCGCAGUUAUCUCCUGGACUUCCCCAACGUGUUCGUCAUGGCCAGCGGUACAAAUUUCUACGAUCAGUGUUUCCCCAAUGAUAGCGUGACAUUGGGGUUCUCUUCUAAUUGCACACAUUGGUUGCGUGACAAGCCUUGUGACAUCACUGGAACGAUAUUUCCUUUGUUCACUACUGUACCACAGGAAAAAGAGAAGUUUAGGGUACAGGCUGAAAAAGACUGGGAAUUAUAUCUAACGAAAAGAGCGGCCGAGCUUAGGCCAGGAGGAAGUAUGAUCUUGGCGGAGGUUGUUUUGACCGAAGAUGGCCAGUUUCCAGGACACACGAAUGACUCCAAAUAUGGUUGUAUGACACUGUUAUCGACACUUUGGAAAUCACUUUCAGAUGAUGGAGUAAUCACCGAUGAUGUGUUUACAAAAACAAAUCUAAGCCUUUACGUCAAAACGGUAGAUGACUUCAAGAAACCAUUCAAGUGUCCUAACUCGCCUGUUGUCAAAGCAGGACUUGAGUUGGUUUCCAUAGACACGAAAAUCACGCCUUGUCCAUAUAAGGGAAAAUGGAUUAAAGAGAAGGGGGAUGCAAAAGAACAUGCGAAGAAAUAUGUAGGAAGUAUUCGAGCGUGGAGCAACAGCACAUUCCUUUCAGGUGAAUUAAUGGUGGCAAUCAGUCGACCAGUCCGGCCAUUCUGUUAUUUAGACAUAAUAGUCAAUGUGAAUUGCUCUAUUUAACUAUGACGUCACAUCCAAACAAUCUAUUGUUUAAACGUAAAGGAUCAUGGUCAUCAG